AUGGUUCCCUGCGACGGGUACACCCCAGCAGGUCCGAUCGGGGACUCACCAGCAGGCCCGAUCGGGAACUCGAAGAGGGACUCGCCAGUAGGUCGAGGGACGCUUGGACGGUCCAACGAGUGCGCCGACUCGAGUCAAGCCCAUGAGGGCCACCGUAAUCCAGAUCCUCGCAAUUCGGAUCCCCGCUAUCUUGAUCCCCGCUAUAGUGAUCCCUCCUAUGUUGAUCCCCGCUAUAGUGAUCCUUGCCGGAGGUUGCAGCGGCACCAGACGUGGAAUUGCGCGGACGACCGUCGCGCGCGGAGGAGCGGAUGGCGGGACGUGGCCGCGGAGCCCAGGGGGGGGAUCGGUCACGCGGCGACGCCCCAGGGGAGGAGCGGACACGCGGCGGAGCCGGGGGUACGACACGUUGGAAAGACGCGCGAAUGGGCGGCGCGCAGCGGAUUGAAACUGGACACGUCGGUGACAAUUUUCGAGGCGCCUCGAGAAUCGACUGGGACGGGGGACCGGGUGACGGCGCUGCGCGGCAGUAUCGAGACGAGCAGCUGGGAAGGUACGCGCGAGGGCGGAGUAAAAAAAACGCGCUGGGCGCCUGGCAUCUCGUCGGGUGUGAGCUGCUUCUCUCCCAGUCGCUCCAGCGGCAGUGGGGAAGGGGAGAGUCAGUGGAACGGGGUAGUGCCGGGGCUGGGGAGGCGCACCGCGUGUGUGUGUCUCCGGACCUCCCCUUCCGCUCACGGUCCCUUCUCUCUCCUGCCCGCUCUCCCCUUUCUGCCGCGCCUUCUCCCAUCCUCUCCUUCCUCUCACACUUCCCCAGCGUCCCUCCCCUUCCCCUUCCAACCAAGCGGAGGAAGAAGCGCGGUGCCGUCAGCUGUCGCACGCAAACGAGCGUGUGUGUUUCCUCUCAACCUCCUGUCUCGCCCCUCCUCCUCCCUCCCAUGCAGAGGUAGAAGCGCGGUGCAGGCAACUCUCACACGCCAACGUGGACAUCACCGCCAUGGACCUCACAUGCUCACAUGCCCUUCUCACUCUCCUUUGCACCCUUCCACCCUCCCGUCGUUUCGGUGCUGUGCACAGAGGUGGAAGCGAGGUGCCGCCAGCUCUCCCACGCCAACGGGCGUGCUCAGUCUCGCCUCCCCUGGACCUACCGGGAAUAAGCAGCGCCACCAGUGGCAGCAGCGGGAGGAGCGGGAGGAGGAGAGGUGGGCGGUUGGGGAGGGGCAGGCGAGUGAGGAGGCCGAGAUGGUUGGGGAGGUUGAAGCGAUUGAGGAGGGCGGCAGCUCUGAGCGUGGUGUGGAGAGUGGUGAACUGAUGGGUGCGAGGUUGAGUGGGAGGAGGAGUAGGAGCGAGGUGACAAGCUGGAGUGGGGAGGUGGGAGUGUGGGGCAGGAUCAAGGGCACCGCCCGGAGGUCUGGUAACCUGGACCUCGCUAUAAGCAGACUCAGGGAGUUCGCUUUUGCGCACGGGUACUGCAAUGAGGGAGUGCAGGAGGGGGAUGGUGGUUAUAUGGGAGCAUCACGUGUGGGCUCUGGUGUUGCAGCGUGCAUGAGCAACUGUAGCAGCAAGAGCAAUGGUGGGAGAAUGAACAGCAGUAAGAACAAGAGCAGUGGUGGGAACUUGAGCAGCAGUGGGAAUAAGAGCAGCGUGCGCGUGGCCGACUGUGCAGCCCUGCACGGGCUGUCAGUUUCCAUGCCAAAGCAGGACGGGAGGGAUCGGCAGGCUGGGCUGAAGGGAGUGAGAGGAGUGGAUGAGGAGGGUGUCUGGGAGAGCAUUGCAGGCAGAGCAGUGCGACGAGGCAAGCAGGUGGAAGGGCGAGAGGAGGAGCAAGUGCGGCGUGUGCUGUCUUUUACUGAGGGCACUGUUCAAGCGAAUGGUGGUGCCGCCUCUUUUCAUCGCACUUCCGCUGCUGCCGCUGCUGCUGCCGAAGCGCUGGUGCCGGCGCCGCUUCUGUCACCGACAAUUCUGACGGCCAACAAGACGGCUGCACGUGCUACCAUGUGCGAAACGAUUUUUGCUGCCAGGCCGGCCAGGUCCUCUGCUCCUGCCGCCCAAAGAUUAGUUCUGAUUAGAUCUGCCGCGUUCAAACGGGUGGCAGGGGCGUAUGGAGAACAUGGGCUGCAUGCACGGCUGUUGGAUGGCAUUGUUCGUCUGCUAGUGGAUUCAGGGAGCGUCAGUAGUGCUGGGAACAGUGGGGGUUUGGCAAAAGGGAGAAUGGACGGUGGGAUGAAGCCAGCGGAUUUUCUCGAUGAGAGAUCAACGGUGGCGAUGGGAGGAGCGGUGAAGUUUGAAGGGUCCCUUGGGAAUGCCACAAGGGAUCGUCCCGUGUGCUUCGCCAAUGCCCUGUUCACCGGCAAUCUCAAGGCAUCAGCCUAUCCAGGCACUCUACCCCUGCUGCCCGCCCGCCUGCACUCCCACCUUCGCCACACCCUGCCACCACCCAUCCUCCUCCCCCCCACCCUCAAUUUCACCCCCACGGAUCCCUCUUCUUCUUCCUCCUCCACCUCCCCCUCCACCUCCCCCUCCACCUCUCUCCCUCGUCUCCUCUACAUCAGUCGCACCGUCGGCACCAACAACAGCGCCAGCAGCCACGCCGCCCGGCGAGCGUUCGACCAAUCAAGCGAGUCAGCCUUCCAGGCGCUCCUCGCCUCGCUGCCAGGUGUCGCCGUGCAAGUGGCGGACUUCGCCAGGCUGUCAUUCGCGGAGCAGUUUGCGCUGGUACAGGGGGCGGACAUUAUUGUGGGGUUACACGGCGCUGGUCUCACUCUCGCUUCGGCUUUCAAUCACGCACCCUCCACUGCUGCUGCUGCUGCUGCUGCUUCUGCUGCUGCGACUGCAACUGCGGCCCAAAAUGACCCCUCCGCCCCGCGCCCCACGAUACCAGUGGUGGUGGAGAUUCAGCCCUACAAGGUGCAGCACAUCAUAUUCGAGGGCAUGGCCACGUCAGCAGGCGCGCUUUACCUGCUGAACCAGUGCCACCGUGGCCCCACCGACCAACCAGGCGACGCCACGUUUGCACACGUCAGCCGGGAGGCCUGCCGGCGGCGGCUCGAGUGCCGGGACCACUUUGUGCAGUCGCGAUUCGUGGAGCUGACUCAGCGCGACGUGGCGUCGCUUAAGCGACUGUUAGAGAUGGCCCGGGGUUUUGUGACUGAGGGGCUGAGAGCAGCAGAGGCGGUUGCAGGAGGGACAGCAAACACAGGGGAAGGAGUCAACACCACUGCUGCUGGUGCUGGUAGCGAUGACAACGCUGUGGGCAGUGAGAGGAGGGCUCUGCACUCGAUAGCUCUCCACACCCCUGCUGCAGACACAGCAAGCGCCAGGAAGGGACGGUCGUGGGGGCUCUGGGGUUUCCUGAUGGGUGGAAGAGACAGAGGAGAGGAGGCAGCAGCACAGGGCACACAGCAGGGUGCAGAGCAGGGCGAAAGUGCAGGUGAAGUGGCAGAUGCAGUGGGUGGAAGUGAGGGGCAUGCGCAACGAGCAGUCGCAGCAGCAGAGGCACUCGCGGCACAAGCAGCACAUGCAGCACAGGUAGCGUGGGUGAGGGGGUGGAUGGAGAGGGAGUGUGGGGAGUGGAUGAGCGAGACGGACAACAACUGUCGUGUGGAGGCCAUGAGAUCGCCCCAUGUGCGCCCGGGGGAAAGGUGUGUGCUUGCUGCUGACGACUGCUGA